AGUCGGCUCGAGGGCCGCGCGCGACCGCCCCGCCCCCGACCAGCCACGGCCCAGAACCAGCCGCGGCCAGACAGGAGCUCGGCCCGCUCGCUUGGCGCCCGACGCCGUGUUCGCGGGCGCUCAGGCGCCCGGAGCCGCGCUCGCAGGCGCGCCGGGCCGCCUUUGGCCGCCAUGAGCCCGCCGGCGCAGCUCAUCGAGGCCGCCGCGUCGGAGGAGCUCUUGCGAGCGUUGAAGGCGCAGGGGUCCGUCAUCGAGCUGCUGGAGGGGCGCCUGCGGGCGCUGGAGGCAGAGCGCCUGCAGGAGAAGCACGAGCGCGCCUCGACGGCGACGACGGCGCCGCCCGCUUCGACGGUGACGACGGCGGCGGCCACGCCGGCCGUCCCGCCGCCCGGGCCGCCUGCCACGGGAGCGGCCGUCGCGGGCAUGAGCGCGCCCGACAGCCCGAGGCGCCAGGCCUCCGCGCCCCAGCCGUCGCCGCCCGCGUCGCCGGCCCCGCGGGCGGCUGCGAGGUCCGGGGCCAGCGCCUCCGUGGGGCGCGGCCUGGGCACCCGCCGCACCAACGCGACCAGCGCCAGCACGGGCAGAGGGUUGGACCCCUUCACGAGCAUGUGGGCCCAGUCGCGCUUCGACGAGGAGCGCCAGAUGUUUGAGAAGAGCUUGCUGCGCUCGAUCCACAACAGUGCGGACAAGAGCUGCCGGAACAGGGGGGCGCGCUGGGGACUGGGCAUUGUGGGCCUCCUGUCCAUACCCUUCGGGCCGAUCGGCAUCCUCGGUGGCGGCCUGUUCGGGGCGCUCGUCGGCGGCCUCUGCGGCACAUGUUUCGAUAGGCGCAAGCGGCGGACGCAGGCGCAGGACCUGGAGGUGAACCAGCGGAAGCUCCGCAGCCUGAUACGGUGGGCUUCGGACGCCUCGCACAAGGACGAGGACCUCCUUCAGCUCAUCGAGAUGGUAACGCUGGAGUUCAAGCUCAUAGCUGACCUGGCCGCUGGCAGCGCCAACGCGCGCAAACUGCUUCGGCUUCUGGACCGUUGGAUCGCGCAGGCACGAGUGACGCGGCAGCUGUGGAUCUACAUGGACAAGGUGCUGCAGGAC